AUGAACAAGGAUAAGAUCUUCAAGUUAGCAAAGGGGUUCAGGGGUAGAGCCAAGAAUUGCAUAAGGAUAGCAAGGGAGAGAGUGGAGAAGGCUUUGCAAUAUUCUUACAGAGACCGCCGUAACAAAAAGAGGGACAUGCGAUCUCUGUGGAUCCAAAGGAUCAAUGCUGGGACCCGAGUUCAUGGGGUCAAUUAUGGGAACUUCAUGCAUGGGCUGAUGAAGGAGAAUAUCCAACUUAACCGAAAGGUUCUGUCAGAGUUAUCUAUGCAUGAACCUUAUAGCUUCAAGUCUUUGGUAGAUAUAUCACGAAAUGCAUUUCCAGGAAACAAGAAUGUGGUGAUUCCUCCUAGAAAGGUUGCCUUUUAG